AUGAACGGCUAUGUUGCGAGCCCGGACCUGCCACCACCUCCUCCGCCCAUAUAUGUCCGGGCGCUGUACAAUUAUGAGGCGGAUGAUCAUACCAGCCUGAGUUUUCGUCAGGGGGAUAUCAUUCAGGUCUUGACACAAUUGGAGAGCGGCUGGUGGGAUGGUGUGAUCAACGAUGUUCGGGGCUGGUUCCCCAGCAAUUACACUGCGCAGAUAACUGAUCCCAACGAGCUGAGGGAGACCGGCGCUGGAGGCCACUAUGAGAGCGAGACUAGUACCGGGUCAGGAACCGAGGAAGAUUAUGAUGAGGAAGAGGAGGACUCCGACGGGCAUACGCAAGAUGAAGACUCCGAUUUACCGAUUGAAGGAGGGAGCACACAGAUGCAAGAAGAGGCGGCGUUUUGGGUCCCUCAGGCGACUCCGGAUGGCAGGCUGUUUUAUUUCAACACCUUGACGGGGGUCAGCACAAUGGAACUGCCUUUAGAGACACCUACGAGUGCAGAAGAGACUGGCCCGCGUGAGCGCAGCCAUUUCCACGUGCCGGAACAGACAAGACCGCCGCCGGAAAUGAUGGCUGGAGGGUACGGGCAGCAUGAGGAGGAUUAUGAUGGUUCCGCGUCUGAGGCGGACGGUGAACAAUCUUUUGUCUCUUCACGCAAAAAGGGUUCCAUGACCUCUGGUAGCAUUUCCACCUCCACCUCUAUGGAUUCCAUCGAUGUAAGCGCCCUCAGACAGGCGGGCGGUCAAGUGCCGAAUACUCUCACCGGUACCUUUGGUUCGACCGGUAUUUCGAUGACCCUGCCUCCCCUAGGAACCACAGCCACCUCUUUCACAGUACCUCCAAAACCGAUGAUCACGAAGUCUCCCAUGGCGAGGUACUUCCUUGAUGAUACGACCGCGGCGCCAGUCACUUGGAAUGCCUUGGUAGAGAAUAUGCGAACUGCGGUUGACGCCUAUCGGCAUGCCAUUCGUACCCAAACUCGAGCAGAUUACGUCCGGAGAGCAGAAGACAUCUCGGAUCAUCUGAGAAUGCUUCUGGCCGCAGGCUCAGGCACUACUGACAAUCACUCUGGGGUUCCCUCCAUCAUAUCCUCCAACAAAGCCCUCUACCCUCACUUCCGUGAGAUGAUGUCCAAAUUCUCGAAGCUGGUCCUCUCUUCCCACAUUGCUGCGGCCGACUGGCCGGGUACGGACGCUCUAACAAAAUGUCUACAAGAGGCGGAUGGGGUGAUGAAUGGCGUCUAUGGGUACGUCGAGGUGGCGCGGCAACAGAGAGGUGAAGAGAUACCACGGCUGUUUCCCGGGUUCAUCUUGGGGAGCCACGUCGGAGGAAACUGGCGGGAUCACAACAUUGAGAAUAGGACCAAUCUGGAAGAGGUCUCGUUUAUGGAUUCGAACGAAGAGGUUCGAUCCCGUCCAUCUGUGCCACUUGACGCCAAUCUGCUACACCGGCUUGAAGAGUUGAAGAAGCACCUGGUGGCGAGCAUCCGCCGGCUAGAGGAGUCACUCGUGUUGACCGAGAAGAUUGUGACUCCGGCACGGCAGUCCGCAAUUGGCGACAAAAUCUGUCAAGAGGCGAGUGUCGUGAUCGAGCAUUUCCGGCCAUGGAUCACACAUCUCGAGUCAAUCGAUUUGUCGGCCUUGGGCAACGUGUUUCAGAAACCGUCGCUGGUGGAUUUUGGGGCACAGAAGCAGAAGGCCUACGAUGCGAUCGGUGAAUUGAUCAUUACCUGCCAGGCAGUGACAGCACCGCUCCCAGAUGAGUGGGCGGAAAUUCGAGGCGAGUCGUUGGACACGCGUAUGAACAACGUCCGAGGCGCAUGCAAGCAACUGGACACGCACGCCUCCAGCAUUGGGUACGCUUUACAGGUCCUGCUUCCGGCGACGUCCCUCAACCCGAGCGGAUCGACAAGCAAGCGAGAUCACCGCAUGACGGACGGAGGGGAGACCUACCAGAGUCAUCAUCUCAGAGGCGACUCUGUGCAGGCGGCUAAUCUUCGCCCUGCUUUGGCGGAUGUCGGUCAAUCCAAGUCGUACACGUUGGGUCAAGAUUCCACCGCGUCCGAGAAGCUCCGUCGGCCUCCGACCAAAGACAAGGCGCGACAGUUCUUCGGGCAGAUCCCACCGAACUUGACUCACCUCAAAGCUGGUAGCAUGGAUUCUAGCGCCUCAGAUGAAGUGCCGUGGUACCUCCGGCUUGACCAUGCAGAUGAAGUGACAUACGACGAGAGAACCGAGCCGCAUCAAGUCAAGAGCGGCACGCUCACCGGGCUGGUGGAACAGCUGACUCGUCAUGAUCGGCCUGAUACGAACUUCACCACCACCUUCCUCCUCACAUAUCGGUCGUUCACCAGUGCAUCGGAAUUGUUCGAGCUCCUAGUGAAACGAUUCAACCUACAGCCGCCGGCUGGCUUGACGCGGGACGAAUUUUCCAUUUGGGAGGAGCACAAACAAAAGCCGGUUCGUUUCAGAGUGCUGAAUAUUCUCAAGACGUGGCUGGAGUUGUACUGGAUGGAGACGGAUGAUGAUGCGAGCAAAGCCUUGCUUGAAAAGAUCGCGGCUUUCGCAAAGAGCACGUACGCCAGCACCAAAAUGGCCACCAAGGUGCUGGUAAACAUAGUGGAUCAGCGGAUGAAAGGAGGAGAGACAUCGUCCAAGAAGUUGGUUCUCACGCUCACCAAUUCCGCACCUGCACCCAUCCUGCCGAGGAACAUGAAGAAGAUGAAAUUCCUUGACAUCGACCCUACGGAGUUUGCUCGGCAAUUGACCAUCAUCGAAUCCCGGCUAUAUGGGAAGAUCAAGCCAGUCGAAUGCCUGGCGAAGACAUGGGAGAAGAAGGGCAAGUCGGAGAAGAAUGAGAACGCGCCGAACGUGCAGGCCCUGAUCCUGCAUUCCAACCAGUUGACCAACUGGGUUGCGGAGAUGAUCUUGCACCAUUCCGAGGUCAAGAAGAGGGUGGUGGUGAUCAAACACUUUGUGGCCAUCGCUGAGAAAUGUCGAGUGUUGAACAAUUUCUCUGCCGUGACGGCAAUCGUGUCGGCCUUCGGCACCGCUCCGAUACUGCGGCUCAACCGAACCUGGCAAGCGGUCAACCCGAAGACGAGGGCGAUGCUUGAGUCGAUGCGUCAACUCAUCUCAUCGACGAAAAAUUUUGUGCAAUACCGGGAAACGCUGCACGCUGCGACACCUCCCUGUAUUCCCUUCUUGGGAGUCUAUCUGACCGACUUGAUUUUCAUCGAGGAUGGGAUUGCGUCGCUGGUCAAGAACACGGAACUCAUCAACUUCUCCAAACGGACCAAAACCGCCGAAGUGAUUCGAGAUAUCCAGCAGUACCAAAACGUGCCUUACAGCCUCAAUCCGGUGCCCGAGUUGCAGGAGUGGAUUUCCGACAACAUGAAAAGUGCCCGGAAUGUCCAAGAGCUGUACAACGAGAGUUUGAAGAUCGAGCCACGGGAGCGAGAAGAGGAGAAGAUUGCCCGUCUGCUUUCGGAAUCCGGGUUCCUAUAA